UGUAUUUUAGCAACGAAUUGGCAGACGAUUGUGAUUGGUUGUUCUAGCUAUGGAAAUCUAGGUCUAGAGUAGAUGUAGGUCAAUCGGUGUUGUGUUUCAUUCCGCUGUGAAUACCUUACAAUUGUUGGAUGUUUCUAAUACAGACAUGAGUAAAUACGAGGAUUACAAUAGUGCGUCGCGUAACUAUGACAACCAGAGGUUUGCUAUGGGUUCUGACGUCAUGGCAGCGAUGAUACAGUUUCACUGUGGGAAACCUUUGAAAGACUUGCACGUCCUAGAUGCAGGUUGCGGAACCGGAAACUAUGCAAAGGCUCUUAUUGAUUAUGGCGUAGGUCAGGUGACUUUAUUAGACGCUUCCCCUGGCAUGUUGGAGAAGGCCAAGGUCAAACUUGCUGAUGCAAUCGAAUCAGGAAAGAUUAAAGAAGUCGUGGAGGCCACAAUGCCACCGAUUCCAUUUCCAGACGCAAGCUUCGAUGCUGUUAUGUUUAAUUUGGUAUUACAUCAUCUUGAUGCUACCGGAAGUGGAAAUUUCAUCAAAGCAACUCAGACGCUUAAGGAAGCCGUAAGAAUACUGCGUCCAGAAGGAACAGUUAUAAUUUCAACAUGUUUGCCGUCUACGUACACCCAUGCAGUGUGGUGCGCGCAACUGAGUAUGACACUAACCGAACGAUUUAACAAGAUAAUGCCUUCAGUGGAACAGUUGGAUGAAAUGUUUGAAGUUUGUCAACUGCGCUGCGUGCAAAAGAUGAAUAUACUUGGGUCCGCUCUGGUUUUGCAUCACAUUGACACCGAAAGUAGUACCGAGUUUCCUUCAGUCACACAUACUCUGAAAGAAGCACGAAGAGUUACAGUUUCAGGCGGAGUAAUACUUAUAACAACGUGUCUACCGACUACUAUAUCUGGCGACAUGUGGAUGACCCAGUUAAACAUGGAACUGUCUGCACGCUUUAACAGAUAUAACCCAUCCGUGGAACAGUUUGAGAAACUGUUUAUGGCGGCUAAUAUAAGCUGUGUACAGAAAAUGAAUAUUUUAGGAUCUUCAAUAAGUAAAGAAUAUUUCAAUUUCGAAGGCCCGUUAGAUGAAGCUUGGCGUAAAACAUCAUCUUACUGGCAACUUGCUACUGAAACGGAACUGGAGGAUAUCAAACGCAAAAUUACUGAACUGAAAUCGAAAGGCGAACUUGAGAAAUGGGCAAGGGAUCAUGAUAAUAGUGAUACUGCGGGUGUUCUUACAAUGUUUGUAUGUGAAUGCAAAUAAAGAUUGCUGACUGUAUUACAUGUUGACAGACAUUAGGACGAUCUACAGUUUUGUAACCGUUUUUUGCGGGAAAAAUGUGCAAAGUGGCAAACUUUACAGAAACAUGAAUAUGCUUUCACUCAAACUAAAUGAUUUAAGUCAUACUUGUAAUGAUUUAAAUGUCAUAAUGGAACUCAGUCUGAGAGGCAUGUUUUACUAUUUGCAUUUGGUGUAAGCUGUUCACGUUUUGGUUAUUUCCUUAUAAGCUUCCUUGUGUUUUGAUAUUAUUUAACUAACGCUUACGUAGGACAUAAGAAUUCACACAUAUGACUUACUAACACCUACCUGUAACUUACUAAUCUUUCACUGACACCAGACCAGAAAGAAAAUGUCACUGUACAUGUUAUACCCUACCCCUAGGUAUACUCUAAGAACCGUGGUAAUGAACGGAAAAUGCACUAACCCAUUUCAAUCGUACAUUUCUCACCUAACGUUGCCUAGGGGUAGCGUAUAACAUGUAUAGUGGCAUUUCCUUUUGGAGGGGCCUCCGUGGCCGAGUGGUUAGAGUCGUUGACUUCAAACCAUUUGCCCCUCAUCGAUGUGGGUUCGAAACCUCAUUUGUGGCGUAGAAUUCUUCACGUGAGGAAGCCAUCCAGCUGGCUUACGGAAGGUCGGUGGUUCUACCCAGGUGCCCGCUCGUGAUGAAAGUAUGCACGGAGGGGCACCUGGGGUCUUCCUCCACCAUUAAAGCUGGAAAGUCGCCAUAUGACCUAAAAUUGUGUCGGUGCGACGUUAAACCCAACAAAAUAAAUAAAUAAAUAAAUUUCCUUUUGGUCUUGUGCCAGUGUAUGGAAAGUUGUAAGUUGUAAGGAAAACUGAAUAAAAUUUCUUGACAUAUCGUUAAUAUUAUUGCAGGUUUGAAUAUAUCCACUGGGCUUCAUUGGGUCAUUCUAAAGUAACAAAAUAAUGGGCAAAAUUUUUAAAGACAACCUUCCAGAUAAACAUCACGUAACGAAAAGUUUAAAAAAAAGAACCCGAAAUCUACGCUUUCAAAACAAAGAAAAAUACAAAAACUAAAUACAAAAAAGCAUGUCUAUAUAUUUAAUAUACAUUGUAUUUUAAAUAAUAUGAUUAAAGACAUCCUUAUUUCGCUCUUCGCCUCUGAUUCAUGUGAGAAAGCUGGCAGUUUAGUACUGUUGUCGAAUUGAAGAAUACUGGGUAGGUUAUCAGCUCGUCGUAAAUAGUGAGAAACUGUUGAAAAAUGUCGCUAAACCUAGAGUUAGCAAACGAACUCUCUUGUUUGGCAUAGUAUUUUCGUGCGUAUUGACACACUGAUUCAGCUUCUCUUCAUAUUUUACAGGCAGUAAAGAUUUUUUUGUUCAAUACAAAUAUAUCUGAAUUAAUU